ACUCUAUCAGUCAGUUUCAGCCUGUCAGUGAAGAAUAAUGGAUCCUUAUAACAACCAGAGAGACAGAGGAGACCAGCCGAACUCCAGGAGAAAUUAUGGACAAUUAUAUGAAAACACGUCAGGAACACCUGGAGGAGAACAGCCACCAGGUGAUAAUAAUAAUAACAAUCCCCAAAGAGAUGCACCAGACGGCGGGAACCCACCAGCCACAGACAGGCAGCCCCGGUAUGUAGGUGGAUUCACCGUGAUCCCGCCAAAUGAAUCUCGGCGAAGAGAGAACCAAAUGAUCGCUCAGCGAGAUGAGGAGACCUUUCAGAGAUGGAGAGAAGCAAACAGACCCCCCGCUGUGCACCUGAACCCAGAGAGGCUGGGUGGUAAUGCUACGGAGGCUGGAGCCAGGGAGAGGCAGAGCAGAGAAUUAAAAUGCUCCAAACUGCAGAAGAAGCUGAAAAAAGAAGAGGAUGACAGGAGGAGGAGACAAGAGGAGGAGGCGGAGUUUCAGAAGAAAAAAGAUGAAGCGAGGCAGCAGGCUGAGCGCAACGAGGAGAAGAGGAGGCAGGAGGAGCAGAGGAGGAGGGAGCAGUUCAUGCCGGAUCACGUCAGGAAGACUGAGAGUUUCCUGCAGAGGUUUGAGAGGACGGCCUCGGCUCCGCUGGCAUGCAACAGUGCCACACACACGUCAUCACGGAGUGGGCCAAGAAGUGAGAGAGACGUAGAGCUGGACCGCAGGAGAGUAAACGCCAACUUCCUGGACAAACUGGAGAGAGAAAAGAAAGAGAGAGAGACAGCAAAAGAGGGCGGGGCUCAGGGGCCUUCGGGUCCCUCUGUGGCCCCUGAAGACUUGACCCAGCAGCUCCUGGUCCCCCUGGCUAACCCGACCCCUGACCCGGAGCACAGCGACUCGGACUGGACAGCUUCAGCGGAACCGGAGCCUGACUUUGACUGGGCCUUGAUGAAACUGAUGAACAGCUUUCCAGACUUCAGCAAAGAGUUCCUCGAGGAGAUCCUGGACCAGUGCAGCGGAGAUUACCAGCAGGCUUAUACACUACUCGACUGCACGCUGAAUUAACUUUUAUGUGUCUUUAAUGAGAGGAUGGCCUUUCUUUUAAUAUUAUAUUUAAAGCUUUAGGAGUGGUGCCAAGUAAAAAAUGUCUAAGCAUACACUACUGGUCAAAAGUUUUAGAACACACCAACUUUUCCAGAAUUUAAUUGAAAAUGAUGCAGUUUAAUGUCUCAGUCUACUCUGAAAUGAAUGCACAUUUGCAACAUUUAAAAUUCUUUAUUGAGCAUGAUAGUGUUUUGAAAGUAAAAAAAAGAUUCAAAAUCACAUUUUAUGUUGGACUAAAGGACUAAAAAAAGACACAAAAUGACCAAUAAGACACCAAAAGACACAAAAUGACUAAAUAAAAGACACAAAAUGGCCAAAAAAAGACAUAAAAUGACUUACAAAGACAUGAAAAGAAUUAAAAAAAUGGACAAAAUAGCCCAAGACUCCAUAGAGUUAAGUUGUUAACCCAUUUCUUGUUCCCUGAAAAAGGCCUACUUGUAUAAUUCUGAAAUGUACAUUAUCUUCCAGUUUUGGUUAAGCUUACCUUUUUUUAUUUACCUCUGGCAGUUCACCACUUACCUUUGGACCCUUUCAAGCUGUUCAUUUGACUUGAACUGCUUGAAUUUCAAUAAAAAAACUGGAAAAAUUAGGGUGUUCUAAAACUUUUGACCGGCAGUGUAUUCAUGAAGAUAGUGGUGGAUGAAUGUAAACACAGAGUGCACAGCUGCAUUAGAUCUAUAUAAUAC